AAAACUUUAUUUAAAUUUUGUCCAAGCGUAAUAACGCUACGAUCGCUUAACAAAAUUUGUUGAAACAAUUAACAAAACAAAUUUUAUGUAAACAAUUUUAUUGAUCUUUGAUUUGUUUACAACAAAUUAUCAAAAAGAAUUAUCAUUGGAGUUCACACCACCAAAUAACUUUGGGGGGAAACUUUAUUCAUUCAGUUGAAGAAAGAUGAAUAUACAAUUCAAAGAAAGUGACAGCAGGCCGAUUCCAGGAAUUCCCACACUUGACAACCGAGGCGCUUGAGAGAUGACCCAUAACGUCAACUUGACUUGGUAAUUUGGGAGGAAAGAUAAUAAUAAAAAAAAAUCCAUUUAUUUCUUCCUUUCCUUUUCUUCAAGCUUGUAAAUUAUAAUAAUCCAUUAUUGAUUUCUUAACUUCCCUGGUUCAUUUUCCUGUUAUCAUCAUCUUCUUCUUUCAUUUUUCUUUAACUUGUUUUUACAAAUCACUCGGCUGAAUGCAUCACCAAUCCAUAGCCUUAAAAACCCCUCAAUUCAAUUUCCUUCCCCAUCUCCACCCUCCUGGCCCUGCCCCUUUUCGCCUCCUCUUUCCCCUCCAUCCAAACGCCACCACCAACUCUCCUCGCUCUGCCUGCAGCUGCCGGGCGUUAAACAUCUCGGUUCCCAGUCAUCCUUCUCGCUCUCUCCCCUCCUCUAACGCCCCCCAACCCGCCUUCGUCAAAACCGUCGAUGUCGCCACACUCGGCAACCUCUGCGUUGAUAUUGUCCUCAAUGUUCCCAAAUUACCCCCGCCUUCCGCAGACGCUCGCAAAGCCUUCAUGGAACAGUUAUCUUCUUCUCCUCCCGACAAGCGAUAUUGGGAAGCUGGUGGAAACUGCAAUAUGGCUAUAGCAGCUGCAAGGCUGGGACUUGACUGUCUUACAAUAGGUCAUGUUGGUAAUGAAAUUUAUGGGAAGUUUCUUCUUGAUGUGCUUCAUGAGGAAGGAAUUGGUGUGGUUGGAAUGUGUGAAGAAACUGAUCUUAACAGUCCAAGUGCUUCUUAUGAAACCCUCUUGUGCUGGGUGCUUGUUGACCCUUUACAAAAGCAUGGUUUUUGCAGUCGGGCGGAUUUCAGUAAGGAGCCUGCUUUUAGCUGGAUGAGUACACUUUCUGAAGAAGCAAAGAGGGCAAUUAAACGAUCGAGAAUCCUGUUUUGUAAUGGUUAUGACUUUGAUGAGUUUUCCCCUGGUGUGAUAAUCUCAGCUGUCGACUAUGCUGCUGAAGUUGGUACAUUGGUAUUUUUUGAUCCGGGACCACGUGGGAAGAGUCUUUUACGUGGGUCUAUGGAGGAGCAAAAAGCACUUCGGCAGUUCUUGAGGAUGAGUGAUGUCCUUCUUCUAACUGCUGAUGAGGCUGAAUCAUUGACUGGCAUAGCAAACCCAAUACUAGCAGGGCAAGAGUUGCUGAGGAAGGGAAUCCGCACUCAAUGGGUGGUUGUGAAGAUGGGCCCUAAGGGUUCAAUUCUGAUAACUACGUCUAGUAUUACUUGUGCUCCUGCAUUUAAGGUGAAAGUAAUAGACACUGUCGGGUGUGGAGAUAGUUUUGUUGCUGCUAUUGCAUUUGGUUUUAUACAUAAUAUUCCCUUGGUUUCAACAUUAGUGUUUGCAAAUGCUGUGGGUGCUGCUACUGCCAUGGGUUGUGGCGCUGGUAGGAAUGUAGCAACACUGAAGCAAGUAGUAGAACUCAUGGAAGCACCCGAACUCAACGAAGAUGAUGAAUUUUGGAAUGGGCUACUGGGUGAACAUUUGGAUUCACAAGAGGUUACUUUUCUGUCAAAAAUGGUUUUGAAUGGAAGCAACGGCAGGAUGAACUGUGUCACAUUGCAAAAGGUGGUUUCCGAAUUGCUGCCUAAGCUAAAAUAUAGUCAAUUAGAGGGGACACUGUCAUCUUGAUGGAUUGCAAUAGAAAUUAGAUUCUCAGACAUAGCAAUUCCUUUUUUGAAUUUCACCCUGAGUCUGAUUUCUCUGGCAAUACAUAACAAUUUUAAUUUAAGGUGGGAUCAGAAUGAAGUAGUUUCUAGAAGAUCUUUGAGUGAGAAAUAAAGCCAUUGCAUAAGUUGCUGUUUAUGAGCAUUUUUGGUGACGAGCAUACCUUGAUAGAUUUGUUCAAGGCUGAGAGCUGCGUUUGUUUUCCAUACCAAAGUAGGAUGUUCCCUUUGUUUUCCUUUGUUUAUUUUAUUUAUAUGUAUUUUUUUUUUUUCAUAAUCUUUUUCAUGCAAUCUCGAAAUGAUUGCUUUGUCAAACAGGUACCAGUUUUCUCUUGAGUUUAUGUUGUGCUUUCAGUGCAAUUUUUACCAAAUCUAUGAAAGAAAAAAAAAUGAUUGGGUGGAUUUUGCAGUAUUAAUUGAAGUUGUGAUUUUGCUAAGAAUUCCACUUGAAAGAUGUACAACGUUCAAGUUUUCCUAUCAAUAAAUCUAGAAAUGAAUAUAAUUGAGUUGUCCAUUUGGUUAAAUGUUGACCCCAAGUUUGUUUUCUAAAUUUGGUGGUUAGUUUGGUUGGGUUAUAUAAUUUUUUUU